UUCUCUCUCUCGCUCUCGGGCUGCCCCAACCCGGGAAGAGGGUCGCUGCGCCAAAGGAGAACUCCGGGGCGCGCUCCUCCCCCUGCAGCUGCAGCCGCCGCCGCCGCCACAGCGGAGCGCGGCGAGGCGGAGGGCUUCCUUCCCUUUCUCCCUCCCUCCCUCCGCCGCUCCCUCCCCUCGGUUAGUUUAGCCGAGCUGCUGGCCGCUUCCCUCCUUCUCCGGCGCCGCUGCCUGUGCGGGAGAGGAGGCCUCGUGCGAGCGCCGAGGAGGGGAAAGGGAAAGGAGGAAGGGUCCCCGCGCGCCCCUGCAAGCAACCUGGGCAGGCCGGCGCUGGCUGCCUCCCGAGACGGAUGCGGUCUCCUCUGAGGCAGGCGCCUUUUAAACCGUGUAGUAGUAGCAGCUGCGGAGGCUCCUCCCGGUAGCACGUCCUAGUUGACCGGGUAACGGAGGGGGAGUCGCGGAGGAAUGUGGCGCCCGGGCGGCGCGGAGGCGCCUUCCUGAGGUGGAAAUGGUGGCUGCUCGCGCCGCUGCUCCGGCUUUCUCGGCCCGCGAAAGGGAUUGCAGCCGCAAAAUGCUGGAGGAUUUUACCAGGGAUGUGAUGAGUUGAAAGGCGGCGGCGGCCGAGAGUGUUGUUUUCCUUUCUGAGGAGUGGCAGCUAUCAUGACUGUCUUCAGGCAAGAGAACCUGGAUGAUCACUAUGAGAUCGGGGAGGAACUUGGAAGUGGACAGUUUGCAGUAGUAAGGAAAUGUCGAGAGAAGAGCACUGGGGCACAGUAUGCUGCAAAAUUCAUCAAGAAACGGAGAACAAAAUCCAGCCGCCGAGGAGUGACUCGAGAAGACAUUGAACGAGAAGUAAACAUAUUGAAGGAAAUCCAGCAUCCCAAUGUGAUUACUCUCCAUGAUGUUUAUGAAAGUAAAAUGGAUGUAAUUCUUAUUCUUGAACUUGUUGCAGGAGGAGAGCUCUUUGAUUUUUUAGCGGAAAAGGAAUCUCUGUCUGAAGAGGAGGCCACGGAAUUUCUCAAGCAAAUCCUCAAUGGUGUUAACUAUCUGCACUCUCUGCAAAUUGCACACUUUGAUCUCAAGCCUGAGAACAUAAUGCUGCUGGAUAGAAAUGUACCAAAGCCUCGUAUCAAGAUCAUUGACUUCGGCUUAGCGCAUAAAAUAGACUUUAGUAAUGAGUUUAAGAACAUUUUUGGGACGCCUGAAUUUGUUGCUCCUGAAAUAGUAAAUUAUGAACCGCUGGGCCUUGAGGCAGAUAUGUGGAGUAUUGGUGUAAUAACGUAUAUUCUUCUGAGUGGUGCAUCGCCGUUUCUGGGAGAGACAAAACAAGAAACAUUAGCCAAUGUGUCUGCAGUGAACUAUGACUUCGAAGAGGAAUUCUUCAGCAACACCAGUGCUUUAGCGAAAGAUUUUAUAAGAAGAUUACUAAUCAAGGAUCCAAAGAAGAGAAUGACAAUUCAAGACAGCUUGCAGCACCCAUGGAUUAAGCCGAAGGAUACCCUUCAAGCACUUAGUAGAAAAGCAUCUGCCGUGAAUAUGGAAAAAUUCAAAAAGUUCGCAGCACGAAGGAAAUGGAAACAAUCAGUGCGCUUAAUAUCGCUAUGCCAAAGAUUAUCAAGAUCCUUUUUGUCCAGAAGUAACAUGAGCGUGGCUAGGAGCGAUGACACUCUGGACGAGGAAGAUUCAUUUGUAAUGAAAGCCAUCAUUCAUGCCAUCAAUGAUGACAACGUUCCUGGUCUCCAGCACCUUCUGGGCUCUUUGACCAAUUAUGAUGUCAAUCAACCUAAUAAGCAUGGGACACCUCCAUUUCUGAUUGCUGCUGGAUGUGGAAAUAUUCAAAUGCUUCAGUUAUUCCUAAAGCGAGGUGCCCGUAUUGAUGUCCAAGAUAAGGCAGGAUCUAAUGCAAUCUACUGGGCAUCUCGACAUGGUCACGUUGAAACUCUGAAAUUCCUCCAUCUAAAUAAAUGUCCUUUGGAUGUUAGAGACAAGUCUGGAGAAACUGCACUCCAUGUGGCAUCUCGGUAUGGUCACGUUGAUGUGGUUCAAGUCUUGUGUAGCAUUGGCUCAAAUCCAAAUUUUCAAGAUAAGGAAGAAGAAACUCCUUUGCACUGUGCUGCUUGGCAUGGAUACUACCUUGUUGCCAAAGCACUCUGCAAAGCAGGCUGCAAUGUGAAUGUUAAAAAUAAGGAAGGGGAAACUCCACUCUUGACAGCCUCGGCUAGAGGUUACCAUGAUAUUGUGGAAUGUUUGGCAGAGCAUGGCGCUGACCUUGAUGCAACUGACAAGGACGGACACAUAGCCCUUCACCUUGCAGUCCGAAGAUGUCAGAUGGAAGUGGUUAAAAUGCUUAUCAGACAGGGAUGCUCCAUAGAUUUCCAGGAUAGACACGGGAACACUCCUCUCCAUGUGGCCUGCAAAGAUGGAAACAUUCCCAUUGUGAUGGCACUCUGUGAAGCAAACUGUAACAUCGAUAUAACCAAUAAGUAUGGUAGGACACCUUUACAUCUGGCAGCGAACAAUGGAAUUCUCGAUGUUGUCCGGUACCUUUGCCUAAGUGGAGCAAAUGUGGAGGCGUUAACUUCUGAUGGAAAAACAGCAGAAGAUCUGGCUAAAGCGGAGCAACACGAACACGUAGCCAGUCUGCUUACAAGAUUAAAAAAGGAUACACACAGAGCACUUUUCAUCCAGCAUCUUAGACCUACUCAUAAUCUUCAGCCGAGAAUAAAACUUAAGCUUUUUGGACACUCGGCAUCUGGGAAAACUACUCUUGUGGAGUCUCUGAAGUGUGGGCUCCUGAGAAGCUUUUUCAGAAGGCGCAGACCAAGGCUUUCCUCUACAAACUCUGUCCGGUUUCCCCCUUCACCUUUAUCUAAUAAGCCAUCAGUUUCAGUAAGUAUUACAAAUCUGUAUCCUGGCUGUGAGAAUGUUAGUGUGAGAAGCCGGAGCAUGAUGUUUGAGCCAGGCCUUACCAAAGGGAUGUUGGAAGUCUUCGUCUCGCCCUCUCACCAUUCCCACUGCUCAGCAGAUGACCAGUCAACCAAGGCCAUUGACGUUCAGAAUGCAUAUUUGAAUGGAGUUGGUGAUUUCAGUGUGUGGGAAUUCUCUGGGAAUCCCGUGUAUUUCUGCUGCUAUGACUAUUUUGCUGCAAAUGAUCCCACCUCAGUUCACGUUGUACUUUUUAGUCUUGAAGAGCCCUAUGAAAUACAGUUGAACCAAGUGACCUUUUGGCUUAGUUUCCUAAAAUCUCUUGUUCCAGUCGAAGAAUCCAUAGCAUUUGGAGGAAAGCUAAAAAACCCACUACAUGUUGCACUGGUGGCUACUCAUGCCGACAUUGUCAAUCUUCCGCGUUCUGCUGGAGGAGAGUUCCAGUAUGACAAAGAUACAUCUCUUCUGAAAGAAAUCAGGAACAGGUUUGGAAAUGACCUUCACAUUUUAGACAGGUUAUUUAUUUUGGAUGCUGGGGCAUCUGGUUCUAAAGAUAUGAAGAUUCUCCGCAACCACCUCCAAGAAUUACGUAGUCAAAUUAUUUCUACAUGUCCACCCAUGACACACUUGUGCGAAAAAAUCGUCUCCACGCUACCUUCAUGGAGAAAAGUGAAUGGACCCAACCAGCUCAUGUCACUGCAGCAAUUUGUGUAUGAUGUGCAAGAUCAGCUUAACCCGUUAGCAAGCGAAGAUGAGCUGAGGCACAUUGCCCAGCAGCUACACAGUAUAGGAGAAAUCAAUAUCAUGCAAAGCGAGACAGUCCAAGAUGUUGUUCUGCUAGAUCCUCGCUGGCUGUGUUCAAAUGUGCUUGGAAGACUCCUGUCCGUGGAGAACCCCAAGGCGCUCCAUCACUACAGAGGCCGUUACACCAUAGAGGACAUCCAGCGCCUGGUCCCAGAUAGCGAUAUAGAAGAACUCAUCCAAAUCUUGGACGCUAUGGACAUCUGUGCCAGGGAUCUCAGCAGUGGAACAAUGAUUGACAUUCCUGCUUUAAUCAAGACUGAUAGCCUCCAUAGGUCUUGGGCUGACGAGGAAGAUGAAGUUAUGAUUUAUGGUGGUGUUAGAAUUGUUCCUGUGGAACACCUCACCCCACUGCCUUGUGGGAUAUUCCACAAAGUUCAGGUGAAUCUUUGUAGAUGGAUCCAUCAACAGAGCACAGAGGGAGAUGCAGACAUACGCUUGUGGAUCAAUGGGUCAAAGAUUGUGAACCGUGGAGCUGAACUCCUUGUCCUCCUUGUGAACAAUGGUCAGGGUAUUGAGGUUCAAGUUAGAGGCCUGGAAACAGAGAAGAUAAAAUGCUGCUUGUUCCUGGACUCUGUGUGCAGUACGAUUGAUAACCUGAUGGCCACAACAUUACCUGGACUCCUGACAGUCAAACACUAUCUCAGUCCUCAGCAGCUGAGGGAACACCAUGAGCCAAUCAUGAUCUACCACCCGAGAGAUUUUUUCCGCGCACAAAGUCAAAAGGAGACCUCAUUGACUAAUACCAUGGGUGGCUACAAAGAAAGCUUUAGCAGUAUACUGUGCUUUGGGUGUCUUGAUGUCUAUUCACAGGGGAGUUUGGGGAUGGAUAUCCACGUGUCUGAUCUGAAUCUGCUUACACGAAGGAAACUGAGUCGACUUCUGGAUCCACCUGAUCCCAUGGGCAAGGACUGGUGCCUUCUUGCUAUGAACUUGGGCCUUCCUGAUCUGGUUGCGAAAUACAAUACAAACAAUGGGAGUCAGAAUGACUUUGUCCCGAGCCCAUCCUAUGCUCUUCUUCAGGAAUGGGGAAAUAGCCCUGAAAGUACUGUGGGCACCCUAAUGUCUAAACUGAGGGAACUGGGGCGCAGAGAUGCAGCCGACUUUUUAAUGAAAGCAUCCUCUGUGUUUAGAGUCAGUUUAGAUGUGAAUGGCCAGGAAGCCUAUGCUUCAAGCUGUAACAGCGGGACAUCUUAUAAUUCAAUUAGCUCAGUUGUCUCUCGGUAAAAGCAAACACAAGAAAGCACACACUUUUCUAAUAGCAAAUAGCGACAAAGGAUUAAGUACGACAGUUUUGUAUGUAUUUAUAAGUUUCUACAUUCAUGGGUUGCCGCUGCCUCCCAGCACCACUUUUUAAGUGACCAAUCAUCUUAUUUUUUUACUGUGACCUCUUGCUCUUAUUUUAGUUAUAAAAGGCUGGUGUAUUUCUGGGUAUUUCACAGUUCGUUUCUGAUUAUACAUCGUGCUGCUUAAAUACUGGCAUUUUAACUGGGAGGACUCUAGCUUUGCGGUACCUAGAGGUUUUUAAAGUCAUUUUUCCAAACAGAAGAAGCAUACGUAGUGAUACAAAGCUCGUUUCCUAAGUCCUCUCCUUUUUUAUCGUGCUUGUUUAAUUUAAAAAUGAAAAAACAUUUCUAGUAAAACAAUGCUAGUAUAUUUCAAUUUUAACACCAGACUUAGAAAUGAAAAAGUGAGUGCCUUUUGCAGAAGAUAAUGUGGCUAAAAUCAAGUGAUCCUGUUGAAGCUAUAAGACAAUGCUACCUCUAUUUCACUGUCUGCAUGCUGGUUGCCACAAGUGGUGCUUGCCUCUGUGUUUUUCUGGAGUUUAAGAUACUUGGUAACAUGAAAAUUGUUCUGCUGAAGAGCUCUCAUGUUGAAUACCGUGCGAGUACAAAUAUUAAGACAUUAUCAGUUUUUAUUUCCGUUGAAGUGGAAUGGAAAAAUUGAAACCCCAUGAACUUGCACCUUCCAUUCUUUCCACAUAUCUCAGGUAAAGAUUUUACACAGUUGUAAAGUUCACCAAGGCACAUAUACAAGUGUUAGCUAAACAGAUUUACUCUGUACUUAACAGUGAUCAUUUGUGCAAAGCAAAUGUUUUUUUCCACUUUCAGAUACUAGUGUGCUUAUUUCUUAUACUUGAAAGUUUGAUUUUUAUUUUUAUUUUAAUUAAGGAAAGCAAGAAUUUCUUGCGGUAAGAGAAAGUGGUAUGAGGGAUCAAGACUCUUCUGUUCCGAAAAGCAUGUAAUUUUAAUUGUACAAGAUACAUUAUGUGUAUAUACAUAUACAAUGUAUGUAUAUAUAUGAAUACUGUUUUUCCUUAAUCUUUGUUGUAGUAAAAUUUUAAAGUUUUUUUUACAAAUAAAUGGUUGCCUGUUGCAACUUUUCCAUCA